AUGGACGCGCCAGCUCCGCGCCUUUCCGACGUCCACGUCGUCCCCGACAUCCUCAGGGUCAUCUACGACCUCCUCCCAUGCCCCUUCGACCGCCUCCACAUGGGCCAGUUCCGGGUGGAGGAGGAGGACGCUCGCGCGGCGCGCUGCUUCGGCUCUGUCGAUGGCGGCUGGGUGUUCCUCACCAUCGGCAGGCACAGGCACAGGCUCCUCAACCUCCGCACUGGCGGUAGUUUCAAGCUUCCCUCCCUCUUUGUACUGAACAAUGGAUUGCACAUCCCCUUGGUCAUCCUCGCGGCGACCCUGUCUUCAUCACAGAUGCAAGGGCAGAGCGUCAUCGGCGCCAUAGUUUCGUCUCGCCGGGGUGUUUCCGGCACUGACAGGCAGCUCGCGUUCUGGCGCUUGGGACAAUGUGAUACGAUUGAUAAGAUGAUGACCCCUGAAGGGCCAGGUUUAGAGGACCUCAUAUUCCACAAGGGUUCCUUCCAUGUCCUCGCCGAAGCAGAGUACAUGUUUGUGUAUACGCCCCGUUGCGAUGAAGGUGAAGACAUGGGACAAAUUUCUGUAGAGACGAGGUAUUGUUAUUUCAGCCAGGUGGGUCGCCAUUACGAUGAGCACGUCGCAGCACACUACCUCGUGGAGUCCCGCGACGAGCUGCUCAUGGUCGUCAGGCUCACUCCUCAUCGUGGGCAGCCGACGUCGGCGUUCCGGGUGUUCCAGAUAGUACAUCUGCGGGAUCGGCUUCAUCUGACCGUUGACAUCUUUGACGGCACUGCUGAGUACACCUGGAACGAGCGGCACGAGCUAGAUGGCCGGGUGCUGUUCGUCGGGCGAGGAUGCUCCAGGUCUCACCAGGUGGCCGAUCACGCCGGGUUCGAGGAGGAGGGCGUCUACUUCCUGGAUGACGGGAGCUUCAGCGACGGGGACAAGGACAAGCUGCUGCUCCAGAACUCCGAUCAGUUGCAGUUCAGCUGCACCGACAGCGGCAGAUGGUCGGCACCAACUCGCCAGAUCGAAAGCUUCUUCCCGGAGCAAGUUCAAUCGAGCUACUCUCCUCCGGUAUGGAUUCUCCCUUGA